CAUAUACUAAAACAAAAGAAAUGGCUGAUGCUGAAUACGAGGAGUCGAGUCUUUUGUCGGAAAGUAUGGAGAGCAGCAGUAGCAGUGAUGGAAAUGCGGACUUUGAUGAAGAGGUAGACACCUGCAAAGCUACUACUUUGGACAUAAACCCGUAUAUGUUCGAACCAGAGUGGUCAUCGGACGGAGACGAGACACCCGAGGUGGAAGGAAAUGUCACGGACAUUGAGCCUGAGGGUCCUGACCGACGUGAGAACACUGAAUGGUGUACUUGUGGUCAGUGUCAUCCGCUGGAUUCACAAGAGGAAUGCAUUUGCUGCCAAGAAAUUUCCAGAGUGGUGGAUAGGAUCGAGUUGGCACCCGGGGAUGAAAAACCGAAGUGCAUAACAGAGCACCCAGGUUUUCAGUCUGUUGUUCUGGAUAGGGAUGUGCUGGAAACGGCUUACUAUGUGUAUAGGCAACAGUAUGGACCAAUGAAUUUGACCCAUAAUUCAAGCAACAUUCCGACAAGGGGCAUUUUUCGUUCGUCCAUCAACGUAAGUGUUUAACAGUCUCUUAUUAAAGAAGUCAUCGCUUCAUUUGAAACCGUUAUAUUCUGAAAGAGAAGAUUAUGCCAUUUAAGGGACUUAAAAGAAAAAGUGGAGCAGGCGACGAACAUGGAGAAGAAGAAAAGGAAGCCAACAGCCCUCAGAAAGUUGUUAAGGGCAAUGAUUCCCAUGUACAAAAAGGUGAAGCAAUAAAAAGAGGAAUGAAACAUGAGGAUGGUGAUGCAUCAACGAGUUCCACCAGCAGCUUAAAAAGGACGAGCGUUAGAGACAAAUGUCAGAAAACAUGGAAAGACCCUGACACGAUCGCGAAAACUGAGGACGUUCAGUUGGGGGAUGGAGAAGACACAGAGGGUGAAGACAAAGACAGUCCUGUGCAGAAAAAGGGAAAAGCACGGCGUCCAGCAAAAAGAAGAAAGUCGACAAGUAAGAAGAGAAAACGCAGAUCAAAAGAAAUCAAGGAAGAGAGCUAGAGUGGGGACGAGGAUGAUAACGAAGAUAAUGACGACAAAGAAACAUAAUUUUACGGUAGAUGAAAAGAGUUUACACUGAGAAUAUAGGAAGUGUGGUGAUCUUAUGCUUUGGAGAAGAAACAUUGAAUGGACCACAUUUUUAUUUCAUUGAUUUUCUGUGUUUAAAAUAAAUAUAAUAACAGAAACAAGUUCAGAGACACGUAGAUGAUUGUCUUAAUUAAACUGUCAGAAAUGUUUAUACAGCGGAAGUGUCUUUUGUACGUCUCAUUGUCGGAUUUGUACAUCAUGGUAAUCCAAAAUCAUUCUUUAAAUGUCUGAUUUUCUUUCAGUGAAGAGGAAGUUUUUCAUCGUAAGGGAUUUUACAGACAUUUUGUAGAAAAAAGAAUUCUUGCGAGUGAUAUUAUUAAAAUACCAUAUUAUGAUGCAUAUUCUUACUGGCACAUUUAUUGAGCAAACUAUCGAUCUAGGGUGGUAUAUUGAUCGGACACGGUUAUACGUCGGUACGUGCGUCAGAUAUUUGGCCAACCUAUCGAUGCACAGUGUAAUAAUCGAUUGGCUAGGAAUUUGCUGCUAAAAUUGAGUCAAAGACUUAGCCCACCUAAUGAUUCACAGUUUAAUAAUUGAUAGGAUAAGGCUUUAUCUAGCGCAGCGUAAUGACUCUCGUGUCUCUCACAGCGGUCGAUGUGAGUUAAGUUCAGGUCAAGCUGACUUCCUCCCCGGCCAGCAAUCUGCGGAUGGUCGUGGAUUUCCUGCCGGUGUUGUACGGUUUCCCCCCACCAUAAUGCUGGUCGCCGUCGUAUAAGUGAAAUAUUCUUGAGUACGGCGUAAAGCACCAAUCAAAUCAAACUGUUGGGUGAUGAAUGUAGGGCGCUAUAUAUGCGUGUGUUUUAAGAGAUUGUUAUUUUCUAUGCUGUUCAUGAUUAUGCCGUAAUUGCUACAUACUGUUUCCUACAUGUUGUUUUUAUAUUGAUUUCUUUAUGUUCAGUUUGUGGGCCUCCGUGG